CCAAAAUCCAAUGGGACCAAGAGAAAAGUAAAAAGAAAGUUUUUAUCCGUUGUGAGAAUGAGCCAGGAGAAGAAGCCCAAGGCAAGAAAGUUUCAGCAGCCGAAAAAGAUUAUAUUUUUUACUUGGCUAACCCUGACAUUACUAACGAAAUUAAGCAAAUGGAAAUUUACUCUCCUUCCAAAGGACCCGAAGAAAGGAGCCAAUUAUGA